AUGUCAGGACCUUGGCUGACUUGGAAUGUACGUGGAUUAGGAGGCGUAACGAAGCGUGAAGCAGUGAAAAAAGCACUUUUGCAUUUGAAACCAGAAUUGGUGUUGUUACAGGAAACCAAACUUAAUGAAUUACGGGAGCGUACGGUAACUUCUUGGACUAAAAGUUUGAAUAUGCAGCAUGCUGAAUCUAGUUCUGUUGGAACAGCUGGUGGAUUGAUGUGUUUGUGGAGGGAGAGUUCUUUGCAGGUCCUGACAGUGGCUAUAGAAACUUGGUUUAUCUUGCUGACUGUGAAAUUGCCUAAUAUUGAUCAUACAGUGCUGAUUGGAAAUGUCUAUGGCCCUCAUUCUGCGACAGACCGUAAUCUCUGUUUUGAAGCUCUAAAACAUCGAGUCUUGCGCCACGGUGGUCUGGUGUGUAUAGGGGGUGAUUUUAAUGUCGUUCUAUUGGCAUCUGAACGCUCUUCAGGUCGUGUUCUUGACGUGGGCGACUCAUCCUUUCAGCAGUUUGUACAAGACAGCAAUUUACUGGAUUUGCCACUGAACAAUGGCGACUACACUUGGUUCUCCAGUCGGAAUCAGGGGAUUUGGAGUCGUUUGGAUCGCUGGUUGGUAUCUGAUGAGGUCCUGGUAACGUUUUCUAAUAUGUCCCAAUCUGUUUUACCAUGGAAUGUAUCUGAUCAUAGGGCGGUGGGGUUGUUUUUUGGGGUGUCUGAUUCAGGACCUAAGCCUUUUUAUUAUUUCAAUCACUGGGUAGAUGAGGAGGGAUUUAACGAAUUAGUAGAGUCUUGGUGGAGGUCUGCUGUGUUUCAAGGGUGGUCCAGUUAUGUGUUGCAACAAAAGCUGAGAGGGUUGAGAGGAAAAAUUAGAGAGUGGCGUAGAAAGAAGGGUGCUUGGGGUGUGGAAAAAAUUGCAAAUUUAGAGAAGAGGCUACAGGAGGUGAUGGGUGAUUUAGAAGCUGAAGGGGGUUCAGAGGUGCUAAAUAAGGAGAGAAGGGUGGUUUUAGAGGCUCUGUGGAGGGCAUAUCGUGAGGAGGAAAGAAUAUGGUUACAAAAGUCAAGGGUGCGGUGGUUAAAGGAGGGGGAUAGAAAUACAAAGUAUUUCCACCGGGUGUGUAAGACACGUACAGUAAAAAAACCAUCACACAGCUUAGGUAUGGUGGAAGAUUGUUAA